AGUAGGAGAGAGCGAGAUCGGGCGCCUGUUUUCCCCGGCCGAGUUCUGCUCAAGAAGGGGAACGGCUGUGGGAACACGCGGCCGGUAGUUGCAGUCAGGCGCGAGGCUGCGGCAGCUCUCGGGAUGUCCCUGGCCGGGCUUUCCGCGUAGAUAGCAGACAGGCAGCCGUCCGUCCGGCGCGCCCGGCGCCCGCUUCCUCGGCGACCCUGCGAUGUUCUUUGGCUUCCUUGCUGCGCCUACGAGCGGGCGCGCCGCCUUGGCGGGAUGUCUCAGGGCGCUCUCGCUGCGGGGAGCGUUUUGCAAAGGAGCUCCUCUUCCGAAGGCGCUCAGCAGGGCCAUGAAGAUGAUGAAAGGAAAGUAAGGCGGAGAGAGAAGAACAGAGUUGCGGCCCAGAGGAGCAGAAAAAAACAAACGCAGAAAGCAGAUAAACUCCACGAGGAAUACGAGUGCCUUGAGCAAGAGAAUACCUCCCUGAAAAAAGAGAUUGGAAAGCUGAAUGAUGAAAUGAAACACUUGAGCGAAGUCUUGAGGAACCAUGAAAAAGUUUGCCCUCUGUUGCGCUGCUCCUUAAACUUUGGCUUGAUUCCCAGGCACGAUGCCCUCAGUGUUCCCUUGCCAAGAUGAGACCACCUCCUGAAGAUCUGGAAGAAGUUCUGCUCAGAUGAGAAAGCUUUCAAGACCCAGCCUCUCACUUCAUCACCAUGCUUCAAGGACAUAACAAACAGCCUUCUAACAGUGUAGACUUUGUCUUACAGUUGCCUUUCUAUCAUGGAAGUCUACCAAAUAAUCAGGAAGCUGUCUCGAGUGUGGCAGUGUGGAUGGGCUGCAACCUUGUGGGAAAUCUUUGGACAAAGCUGGGUGUGUGUUCCUUGUGUUUCCACUGUGCGCUGUAUGCCAAGCAUGGAAUCUGAUAUGGGGCAUGGUGCGGAAGCUUAAAUACAAAGAAUGUUAUCUUCCCAUUUAUUUUUAAACACGCAACUGUCUGGU